GCCUCUCCUGGGAGGUCCAGCGCAGUGAUGCCCCACGGCGCGACGCGCGGGGCGCCCUGGGAGGGCCGAGGAGAGGGAGGCGCGGGCUCGAGCGCAGCGCGCCCGCCACGGCGAUGGGCGUGCUCGGCGCCGAGCCUGCGGGAUGCGCUCCCGCGGGCUGGCCGUGCUCGCGCUCGCCCUGGAGUGCUGCCAGCAGGCCCUGCGCUGCCAGGCGGAGGACGAGGGGACGUGCCCUGCCGGGAGCCCAGACUGCGGCCUCGGCGAGGGCGGCGGCGACGAGGCCCGGUGCGAUGCCUGGGCGAGGUCAUGCGAGUGCCAGCUGGACCCCGAGUUCAUGCUGAGGCACUGCGCGCAGAGCUGCAGGCUGCACGGAGGCCACUGCGUCGACAAGGACGCGAGCUGUCAGCGCGUGGCUCUCGGGAAGCGGUGCACGCCAGACCAGUGGGGUGCCUGCCCAAAGCUCUGCAAGCUCCACCGGGCGGAGAGGAGAAGGAUCAGGGAAGGGGGUAAGAAGACGAAGAAGAAGCUCGAGGGGAGCAGCCAGAUCAAGGAGGAAAAGGUCAAGUGCGUGCGAAAGGAGACCCGGGGUGGGCUGCAGGACACCUCGGUCGCCACGAUGUUCGAGCGCAUCGAGCAGAGUGAGUGGGCCAAGAAGUACGAGCCGACGGUUCUGUCCCGCGACCCGUGGAUCAUACACUUUGGCAGGCUCUUGACCGAGCAGGAGGUGGCUGAUCUGCGUGCGGUGGCCGAGGACAGCCGAUACCCCUGGGUGCCCUCUGCGUUGGAAGGCGGCCAAUCGGCAGAGGGCCACCGCACCUCCGAGUCCCUGCUCUGCACCUCGGGCGACUGCCAACGGGACCUGAGGGCUCGGCAGGCGCACCUCGUGGCCAUGAACAUCACGGGCCUGGGCCUCCCGGCCCACGAGUUCUUGCAGAUGGUGAGGUACAGGAGCGGCACCUACCACAACGAGCACUUCGACACCGACGAAGACUUUGGCUCGUCGGCGCCGGGCCACCGCAUCUACACGAUGCUCGCGUACCUCAGCACUGUGCCCGAUGGCUUCGGUGGCGAGACCAGCUUCCCGCGUCUGAACCUCACGGUUCCCCCGAAGCGGGGCAGCGCCGUGCUCUGGACCAACGUCAGGGCGGACAACCCCCGCAAGCGGGAUAGCAGGGCCAAGCACGCGUCCCUGCCAGUGAGGAGCACGAACGCGCGCGGCGAGCGCGGCGAGUUCACCAAGCUCGCGAUGAACCUCUGGUUCCACGGCUACGUCGUCCGCAACCAGCCCCCCGAGUGCUUUACGGCGCCCGCCGGGUACUGAGGGGGAGAGCGGUUUGUCCUGCCCGCCUGGGAGCAGCCGGCGCCGGCCGCCAGCACACCUCGUCGGCAUCACGCACCACGAGGCCUUCCGCAGCAGGGCUCCUUUCGAUUCCUCCGAUCCGAUUCGAUUCGAUUUCGAUGGCCUCCGAUCUGGAUUCCGACCUCUCAGUGAGGCCUUGCUACUCUGCCGAUUCUAGCCGAGUCGACUCCUCCCGACUUGGCUGACGAUGUCCGCCGAUUCGAUGAGUUUCGAUCGCCGAUUCGACGCAGCUCUCCUGCCACGGGCCCCAGGGUCUCGCCAAGGCUGGGCUCUCGCUGGGCGCCGCCUUGGCCGCAGCGAUCAUGCUUCUCGGUGUCUCGGCUGAUGCAGUGGAGGCCCAUGCCAAGGAGCUCCCUGCUCGCCUCCCUCGAGGUGCCUUGCGUCUCUUGUGUUUCGAUGGCUUUGACGACGGAAAGCGUGGCGUUCCCAUGCCAAAAAAUCAAUGUUAUCCAAGAGUUAAUUGCGGAGUGAAGUCGCCCCGAUUCCAGGGCAAGCGCCACCCCGCGGAAGAUUUGGCUCUGGAGUCGAGUCGCCGCCAAGCUGGCGGACACGCCAGCCCGCAAACGAUUGAGCUCCGGAGUUCAGUGAUUCCCACGCCGCGCGCACUGGCCCGGGACAGGCUUAACACGGGAGUCGAGUCGCCGCGC